CCGAUAACUCAUCAACAUCUGCUGCAAACGCACAACAAGAAGAUGCCUCUACUACCGAUAAAUUAUCAACAUCUGGAUCUGGCGCAACUGCAGAUGAUAACGCACAACAAGAAGUAGAAGAUGCGACUACCGAUAACACACAAGAUGCUACUUCUUCUAAACCCGUUAAUUGGUGGCUGCCUGAGGACAUGGAUGCCCUUGUCUGCCUUCUUGGUGCCAGUCUCUACUGCUGCGAGUACUAUUACAUACUAUGAUAGACAACCACUUUUUCUUGUAGCAUUAGAUUUUGACUUUUUUCGCGUGGCUAUUGCGAACAAGCUGCUGCAAUAGGUUGGGGUUCUGACUCUAAUAAAUUGACACAUUACUUUUUUCUUUGAGAAAUAUAUGUAAAUUGAUAUGAUUUUGGUCUUCUUCGGUUUCAAUCAUCGAUCGUAAACCCCAAGUACACUUACACCACCCUCCGACUUCGUCAGGUACAUGAACACAAUCCUGCCGAUUUAUGAAGCAUAUGAGCGAAAGGACAAAUUCAAUGGCCUUUUUCUUGGAAUCUCUGCUGUUGUCUGUAUCCUGGGUUGGGCGAUUAGCGUCACGGUACUAAUAUUUCUCAUUGAAGAUAAGUUUUUGAGUUUCAUCACUCACUAGCUGUUUUUGUACCUAAAUAAAACCCCAACAAAUACAACAUAAGAGUAGGUAUUAACUGUAAAGAUACUAAAAGAUCGAUUUCCAUUUUCAAUUACGACCAUUUCCAUGUUAACAAUGUUCUCACCUCCUCAGGCGUACAUGAAAGACCCAUCUGGUGUGGCCACGUAUUGCACAGGGAUGUUGCCGGAGGGAGGAAUGAAGCUGUUUAUUGGCAUUUGCAUGGCUGCCUGCUCCUUCCUUUCGAUUCCGAUUCUUUUUUUCGUUAUCCCACACUUCUACGAAAAGCGUGUCUUUCACGACCUAUUUAAAAUGGACUGCGCGGCGCCUACGCCACCGGAUGAAAUCGAAGGACACCAGGCUACAGCUGAGGGAGCUGAGAAUGAUGCUGCAGGAAAGGAUUCUGGUGCUGUGGGUCGUAGUGGGUUGGAGACGUCGGUGAAUGCUGAAAAUAGCGCAGUGGUGGAAAAUAGCGCAGAGAUACCUUUUUCAGGAAAGACGUUGAUCAACGUAUCAAGUGGACGCGGUGGCUCGUUGGAUGCAAACCUACUUUUGGAAGACUACGAGCAGGAAAGCCGUCGAUUAGAGAACCUCAUAGCAGCAUCACGACCGGUUCCAGGUCCUCCGAGAAGCUUGGUCGGCAGUAAAAUCAUGAACGAGAAGAAAAAUCUGAUGAACACUCAAUACGGGGCUGAACAAGAUUUUAGGACGUUGUCGUGGCAGGAACAAACUACACCACUACUCCAUAAUGCGAAUACAAACUACA